AUGGUUUCUUCUAGCUCUCAAUCAGACUCUUCUCGCGGGGCUUCUGCCGGUAACAUUGACGCCUACGCUCUCUUCGAAGCCCUCACCGGCCACAAGAUCGACAGGCGCUCUAUCCCCUCUAGCAGGACCAUGUCUGAGGACUACGAGGUCCUCGGCGAUGACCGCCCUCUCCUUGGCCAGGAACCAUCUCCUGACGAGCCCCCCAAGGAUGUGAACAUUGGUGCCAUUAACCCAUACGCUUUGGUUGAGGCUAUGAUCGGCCACAGGCUAGACCGCCACGCUCUUUCGACCGCUCGUAUCAUCUCAGAUGUUCUCCAGACUGACUAUGAAGAGCUUUUCGACCUUAAGCACAACUCGGUCCUCUUUGCUGGUCUUAAGCUUAACGAGGAAAACCGCCAGGCUGAGGAACUCUCGGAGAAGGAGAUGCAGAUCCUUGAGGAGCGUGACCUCGUUACUCCUGAUCUCUCCCGUAUCAAGAAACUCGACGACCUCGAGAAAAUCGGCCUUAAGGAGGUCGGCGACACCCGUAUCAAGAUGGCCCGCAUGCAGAACGGCAAGCUCCGUCUUGUUCUCGACGGACAGUCCCUUGGCCGCACUGUUGGUAACCACGACAUCACUGAAACCAUCAACGACCUUGUCCUUCCCUUCCGCCACGGAAAGGAGGACCGCGAGUGGACCCCACCCAAUAGUUCUUGGCGCGACAUGAACGAGGCUUUCUUCCGCAGCAUCCCUCGUCGCUUCAUGAUGGAUGGCCCUCCAUUCUCAUUCGGCGGUAGCCACCACAGCUUCCGCGAGCAAUACCAGCACCGCUUCGACGACCCCACCCAGGGUGCGGCUAGCAACAGCUGGCUCAUCGCCGCCAUCUUCUCGGUAUUCUGGGCCAACCCCGCCAUGAUCAACCGCUCCACCCGUCUCGUUUCCGGCCCCAUGGACCGCAACCGCCGCACUCUAGCCGUCAAAUUCCACGACAAGGGCGGUCGUAACAACGCCGAGACCGAUACCGUCGAAGUCGACUACCAGAUCCCUGUUAACAACUCCACGGACCUGCCCAUCUACGCGCGUUCCAGCGACGGGUACGAGACUUGGCCUUCGUUGUACGAGAAGGCGUUUGUCAAGUGGAUGUCGCAUGGUAAAGACAACAACGGUGGUAACAACAGAAACACCGUUGAUGAUAGCAGUGACCACAUCGAUCUGACUAAAGCGCAUAACGGUGACCCUAUCAAGGCAAUGGCCCAAAUCAACGGCCGCGAACCGCGGUACUACUUCACGGACCGCCACUCCGGUGCCGAACUCGCGGGCUUGGUCCGCGCGUGCAGUGUUAACAAGCGUACUAUCAGCCCCAUGGCAGCAUGGACACACGCCACGGGCGAUAUGUUCCGCGGCAGCAACCUCGUCGCGAACCACGCGUACUCGAUUCUCGGAUGGGUUAGCGAGGGCCAGGAGGAGAAUCAGUACAUUAUUGUGCGUAACCCCUGGGGUGUUACCGAGCCCCGUGGUCUGACGAGUUACCCCGGAUUACUGGAUCGUGUGGAGCCCGAGUUCUGGCCGCCUGCUGCGCUGUUGGAUCGUGAUGGUGUGUUUAGCGUUGAGGUCCAGGCGUUUAAGAAGUACUUUGCUUGCAUUGGUGUUGCUAAGUAG